GACAGAUGGAGUAAUUUGUUAGCUGUUUUUUGAGUUCUUUUUCUUUUUAUCCUUUUCGAUUGGUUUUUCCAAGGCAUCAUCAUGUGUAUGUGUUUAGUUUUCCGAUGCAAAUAUAAAUUAAUUCGAUCUUAAUGUGUUUGUGGUGACCGAAAAAUGGGAAAAAGAUACAGCAGAAGUCCAUCUCCUAGAGGUUACAGAAGGGGAUACCGAAGCCCUAGCCCAAGGGGUCGUUACCGAAGCCGUGGGAGAGACCUCCCAACUAGUCUGCUCGUUCGCAAUCUUCGCCAUGAUUGCAGGACUGAAGAUCUCCGCGGUCCUUUUGGGGAAUUUGGUCCGCUUAAGGACAUCUACUUACCACGUGACUAUUACACAGGGCAGCCACGUGGAUUUGGUUUUGUGCAAUAUGUUGACCCAGAUGAUGCUGGUGAGGCCAAAUAUCAUAUGGAUGGUCAGUCACUUCUUGGGCGCGAGUUGACGGUUGUGUUUGCUGAGGAAAACAGGAAAAAGCCAUCAGAGAUGCGGUCUCGUGAGCGUAUCAGCAGAUCAUCCAGUCGUUACUCCAGAUCACCUCGCCACAGAGGUUCUUACUCUCCGUCACCACGCUAUUAUUCUCCCUCUUCAAGGGGCAGACACCGCUCCAGAUCCAUCUCGCCUCGUGGGAAAACGUACAGAGAGAGAUUCUAUUCGAGGUCUCCCUACGAAAGCAGGAGCUAGAGCCGGAGUCUGGUCAGAAGCAGGAGCUGGAGCCCAGAGGGCUACUGAUGUUAUUUAUUGUUUGUGAUAUAUGGGGAUCAUAUUUCUCCAGCUAGUGUGGGAGCUAUUUAAGAACAUCUUCUGACAUCUUGGUAAUGGGUGUUGAGUGGGGUAGUAGUUGGUUAUAUAUAUAGGUGCUUCUCAUCUCUCUCUUAUUGUAUUUUACAUGUUCUCUUAUGUUGAAUGGGAUUGAAUUUCCAAGUGCAAUGUCUAUUGGUAUUACGCUUUCCAUUCUAUGGUGAAACAAUGUUGAAAUUUGGAAUCUUGGGAGUAUUUAUUUUGAAAACUA